CUCACCAUCACCACCAUCAUCAUCUCACUGGGCGCAUCUGCAGGCUGCAGGAGCAGAGCGAUAUGAGUUUACACGGAUUCAUUUAAACUUUUCCUCUCUGCUCAUUUGGAUAUCCUUCAAAUAGAGAUGAAGGGUAUUUGAGCUAAAGACAAGUGGCACAUUUGAAACAUUCGCUUUGUCGCAUUAAAUCCCCUUUUAGUUGAGUUCAUAAUGGCAUUACGCACAUUUGGCACGCCACUUUACGCAUAUGCGUGCGUCUAUUCUUUUGUUUUCAUCCUGCAAGCUGCUCAGUCUCAGACGAAUCCGGAGACUAACCAAAGAGCUGCACUCCGGCAGACGCUACAGUGGUCACACAACGGCAAGGUUUUUAGCAUUUUAAGCCAGGGCUCGGAGUACCAGCCGCCGAGGCGCAGGGGCGCACCGACGCAGGAGCAAGUGCAGGCGAGACCUGUCACCAUCAUCCGGGAUGUGGACGUGAAACAACCGGACACCUCGAGCCAGCCGCAGCAGCAGCCCCAGCCGCAGCACCAGUCCAGGCAGCAGCAGCUUCAGGAGCAGCACCAGACCAGGCAGCAGCAGCUUCAGCAGCAGCAGCAGCCUCCUCGGCCUCUGCUCCAAAGGCUCGUGAGAGGACACGAGCACCGCCAGCAUCACAAUGAGCGCACGGGGACGCAGACGAGCAACAAUGAGACCAAGGUCACGGUCAGUCCACCUGUGCCCAGGAGAGAUGACAUGAUGGUCGGUGAUGACCCCUAUAACGACCCCUACAAGUCCAGCGAUGAUAACCCAUAUUACAAUCAUUAUGACGUUUACGAGAGACCGAGGCAGAGAUCGAGACCCGGAUAUGGCACAGGGUACCAUCAGUACGGUCUGCCUGAUCUCGUACCUGACCCGUACUACAUUCAAGCUUCCGCUUAUGCCCAGAGAGUCCCAAUGUACAACCUGAGAUGUGCAGCUGAGGAGAACUGUUUGUCAAGCUCAGCCUAUACAUCUAGCAUUAGAGACUAUGACACCCGUAUGCUGCUGAGGUUUCCUCAGAGAGUCAAGAACCAGGGGACGGCGGACUUCCUCCCCAGCAGGCCACGUUACUCCUGGGAGUGGCACAGCUGUCAUCAGCACUUCCACAGCAUGGAUGAGUUCAGCCACUACGACCUGCUGGACGCCUCCUCUCACCACUCGGUGGCCGAGGGCCACAAAGCCAGCUUCUGCCUGGAGGACACUUCCUGUGACUACGGCUACUACAGACGAUUUGCCUGCACCUCACAUACCCAGGGCCUGAGCCCAGGAUGUUAUGAUACCUACAACGCAGACAUCGACUGCCAGUGGAUUGACAUCACAGAUGUGAAACCUGGAAACUAUAUCCUCAAGAUCAGUGUAAAUCCGUCCUAUCACGUCCCAGAAUCAGACUACAGCAACAACGUUGUGCGCUGUGACGUUCGCUACACUGGCAACUACGCCUACGUGUCAGGUUGUCAACUGUCAUCGUAUUAAGCAACUCAGAGAAGAUGUAAAUGACAAUGCAGAGGACUGCAUAUGAAAGCUUAUGAAACAUUAGGAAAUAAAUGUUGAAUUGUAAAUUUAAAAUACUCCCAAUUUAGAAAGAAAAAGUAGGAAUCAUUUGACGUCAUAGUGACGGAUAAUGUCUCAUUUCUUUGCUUGUUUUUCUCCAUACUGAUAUAUUCUUAUCUCUUCUUUUCUUUAGAAUAUUUUUAAAUUUUUUUUACUUCUAUUGCAUUGUACUGUAUGCUUGUCUUUUAUACCACUUGUAAGAUAGUUCAAGAAUAAAAUCCAUGACAUUUUUAAUCUUAGCAAGUUAGAAAUGUAAACCACCUUACCCUCCUUGUUAAAUCAAUAUCAAUUAUAUCACAAUUUUAAAAUGAACCAGCUGUAAAGGAAACUGUAUUUGUUAUAUUUAUAUGCAACAGGAGAAACUCACUUUACUUCAAAGCUUUUGUUGAAACUGAGUUGAAUAAAACUUUGUGAUAUUGUAUCACUUGAAGUGA